AUGGACAUCAUUGCGCGAGAGAAUCGAAAACACGAAACGGCGUUUUCGGCCAAGAAAAUUGAGGAUAACUUCAGCAACUACUCGUCGUGGCACUACAGAUCGAAACUACUGCCACAGUUGUACAAGGACGGAGUCAAAGCUGAUAUUUUGCUGAACG